AUGAGUCUUAAUCAUAAAAAUGCGAUUAUAAAAAUGGACGAGGCGCGUCGACGCACAGGCAAAGCUGCUUGGAGAUGGUGAACUCUUUUUGCCCGCUGCCCGAUGCACGCAGCUUCAUUUUGCUCCAUUGGCCAUUGCUGUUUGUUGCCUUUGGCUUUUAUGAGCUGCACGCUUAUGGGCAAAUGCGACUUGGGCCCGACUUUAUUGCAGUUAAGCUCAGAUGAUGGCCAGGGGCAGCGCGCGGCAUGGACGGGCUUGGGUAAAGAUGUGACAUUUGUAAUUGUUUAUUAUGCCGCGGUCUGGUUGUGCAUGCUUUAAACAGAGGUCGUGCCAGUUGGACAUGAACCCCAAAAGAAUUUUUAUUAAUUGUGCGCGUUUUUGUUUCACACCAAAAACCUUUGCAACUGUUGUGUCCCGAAAAGCGCAAAUCCUAUAAAUUUUUUACUACUUAUUUACGCUGCUAAGGCACAUUUAGCCAUGUCAAGCAAUCGCAUGGCCUUGCUCGUAAAAGCAGAGCACCGCACCGCACCGCAGCCCACCGCCCCCUGCCACUGCCAAAACAUUCACCCACAAUUCAACAUCGACACCAAAUGCCGGCCGUUGUCGUUGUCACUGGCCCCAGCUCGGAGGUGGAUGGUCGAGGGUUCGGAUCCGGAGCCUGGGGGCCAUGACUCCGACUCUGAUAUCGCCACCCAACACCCAAUGCCAGCCAGCCAGGUCCAGGUCCAAUCUCAACUAAGGAGCACAAACAGUCUUUAUGUUUGGUCUUGGACUGGCCAAAAGUAGCGCAAAAGCGGACGCACGAACACAACUAAGCAAGCCAGAGCACCUGCACCUGCUGGCAACCCAGCAGUUGGCCGGGCACGUAGAAAAUAGAAAUGGCGAUGCAGAUGGAAAUGGAAAUGGAGCAAAUGGCUGCCAGUGGCGCCAGUCAAAGUGUCAUUGUGUAAGCUACUAGCAUUUACCUAGAUUGUGCCUGUAAACGGAUUUGCAGCGACUACAUAUUUGGCCACACUCACAUCCAGGCUGGUCGCACUUGACGUUAUACAGGCUGCCAUUUAA